ACGUGCGCGUGUCCGUCGAUAGGAAGGCGGGGCUUGCCUCAGAAUCAGGCGUCGAGACUCUUCCAGGCGGGUUUUCGUUUCUACAUUUGAAACGCCUGUGUGAAUAAACAGUAUCGUUCUGUCAAUAUUAUAUUAUAAUAGCUGCCCAAACUAUCGUUUGGAGUGGUAGAAAUUAUUUUGAGAUCCGCAAAGGAGAGGCCGGUGCCCAAACAGGGACAGGGGCCAUGAAGCUUACGGACACUGUGCUGCGGAGUUUUAGGGUCGCCAAGGUUUUCCGAGAGAACUCGGACAAAAUCAACUGUUUUGAUUUCAGUUCGAACGGCGAGACUGUAAUUUCCAGUAGCGACGACGACUCCAUUGUAUUAUACGACUGCCAGGAGGGAAAGCCAAAACGAACUCUCUACAGUAAGAAGUAUGGAGUGGAUCUUAUUCGAUACACACAUGCGGCCAACACGGUGGUCUACAGCUCGAAUAAAAUUGAUGACACAAUCCGAUACCUGUCUCUACAUGACAACAAGUAUAUCCGGUACUUCCCUGGACACAACAAGAGGGUUGUUGCGCUCUCCAUGUCUCCUGUGGAUGACACCUUCAUCUCUGGGUCCUUGGACAAAACCAUUCGGCUCUGGGACUUGCGGUCCCCAAACUGCCAGGGGCUGAUGCACUUGCAGGGAAAGCCUGUGUGCUCCUUCGACCCUGAGGGGCUGAUCUUCGCUGCCGGAGUCAAUUCUGAGAUGGUCAAAUUGUAUGAUUUGCGUUCCUUUGACAAGGGCCCUUUCGCUACCUUUAAGCUGCAGUAUGACCGUACUUGUGAAUGGACUGGGCUUAAGUUUAGCAAUGAUGGGAAACUGAUCCUUGUCUCCACCAAUGGGGGUGCUCUCCGCCUCCUCGAUGCCUUCAAAGGAGCCAUGCUGCACUCCUUUGGGGGCUACAACAACAGUAAAGGAGUCACCCUGGAAGCUUCCUUCACUCCUGAUUCUCAGUUCAUGAUGAUCGGCUCAGAGGAUGGGAAGAUCCAUGUGUGGAAUGCAGAGAGUGGGAUGAAGGUGGCGGUUCUGGAUGGCAAGCACACUGGUCCUGUCACUUGUCUCCAGUUCAACCCAAAAUUCAUGACCUUUGCCAGUGCCUGCUCCAACAUGGCAUUCUGGUUGCCCACGAUUGAUGACUGAUGUGGUGGGGCACAGCACAACUCGUGUCUGAGAUGGGAACGUCCCUGUGGUGAUCUGUGAAGAACGUUGAGACACCCUGGUCUACAUUUACAGGGGGCAUGAUAACCUGUCCUUCCUGCUGUCCAUUUCUGGUGUGGAUUUCAGAGGGGAUGGCGCAUACUGGGGAGGGGGUCUGUAAAUAUGGGGGCUACAUGGGUUUUUCUUGCUUUCUUUUUUUACUGUGUCUAUUAAAAUGUUUGUUUUUGGUUCUUCAGCCUGAGUGUUCCAUCUGUGGGUUGAACAUGGGUGUGACUGAUGCAAUUUGUGGUCCCCAGGGCUUUAAACAUUCUGGUUUUAGACAUGUACUUUAAUUCAGCAUAGACAAGGAGAGUGGGGGGGGGGGGAAGGCAGGUCUUCCUACAGAGACACUUUUACAUUUUAAACAUUUUUUUAAAUGCUUCUUACUCUUGAACAGCAAAUCAUUUUGUAUUUAUGGAUUUGGUCAGUAUGUGUAAUUAAAAGGUAGAAGUGGCAACAUUCCACCAAAAUGGCAGUAAAGCAUUGUAAUGUGGAUGUCUUGGGCACGGCUGCCAGGUGAAACUCUGAUGUUUGAGACUGGUACAAAGGGUGACUAAACCAUCCGCGUCAUCCUUGUCUUCACAUUGAAAUGGUGUCCAUUACUACACAUCCACAGUUCCAGUAUUUGGGAUUUAAGUCUGGGUCAGGAGGGCACCACUGCUUGCCCAUUACUUCCCUACACUGCAGUAGUGUUAUCAUUGUAUUAUAUCAGAACGUCAUAUAACAAUCUAUCAGAAUGCAUGAUAAGCUCAGAAUGCAAUUUGUGCUGGCUCAUCCUCAACGAUUCUUAUUUUGUAACAAAAGCCUUGUCAUUUGUGUCAGACUUUUUUUGUACAAAGUUAUGUAUGUAUUGUUAAAACAAUAAAAAGCCUUCAUAACUUCUAGAA